AGUUUUCCCGCACACACACACCACCAGAUUUAGGGUUUCCGCAGCCAAACAACGAAAUGGGAAAAGGAACUGGUAGUUUCGGCAAGCGCCGCAACAAGACCCACACUCUCUGUGUCCGAUGUGGACGCCGGAGCUUCCAUCUCCAGAAGUCUCGCUGCUCCGCCUGUGCUUACCCCGCCGCUCGCCUCAGAAAAUAUAACUGGAGUGAGAAGGCUCUGCGCAGAAAGACGACCGGAACCGGGCGCAUGAGGUACCUUCGCCAUGUGCCGAGGAGGUUCAAGAGCGGCUUCCUUGAAGGUACACAGGCUAAGCCGAGGAGCAAGGGAACUGCUACUGCUUAGAUUUGAGAGGAGGAAUCCAAGUUUGAUUUGUUUUGUUUUUUUCGCUUUCGGUAGUUCUGGAUUUUGUGGAAUCGAUUUUGGAUCGUUGUUGUUUGAAUGAUUAAGACAAGGUUUUGUUUAUGUGCUAGAGAGUUUAUCAUGAAUGCCAAGUACUCUACCGUUUUAUCUAUAUUGUUAUGCUAGAAUUAUAUAAUGUGGAUUAGCUGUUUCUAGUAUUCAUGUAGUUAAUACAAUAUUUGAAUGCAAACCAAGGAUAGUUGGACAUGUGCU